UGUACUUCAAGGCCUCGCCUACUCCUCUGUCAGCAUAGCUGUGUCUACACAAGGGCUUUUGUCAGCAUAACUGGCUGUGUGAUUUUGUUUGGUUGGUGUUUUUUUCCACACCCCGACCAACAUAGAUAUGCCAUCAAAACUUUGUUGUAUAUACCUGGCCCAAAUGAAGACAGCUGAUUGGUACUAGCAUAAUACUUCCUCACUUAGAAUAAACUGCCUCCUCUUCUGGACCUAACAGACAGCAUAUAAUAUACCUGUAAAACUGUCUUCAACUGGUUUAUUGUCAGUAUGCUUUCAAGAUGCUUGCUAAUGUUUGAUGUUAUGUUAGUGUGCUGCAGACAGCUAGCAGAGGAGGCUAACAAGUUAACAAACCUUAUUUUUGGAUCUGUACCAAUAUCAUCAGAGGUUGUUGACAAACAUGGAUUUAAACAGUUUUGUUCACAUGUUUGCUUAUAAAGUUGGGGUGGGAGAAAGGGCAUUAGUAUUUGCUCAGAGAAGAGGGUGAAACUGGCAGGGUAAUAUAGUUUCGAAGUCUUUGGGGUGGUAUUGAAAACUAGGCAAACGAACUUCAAACUUUCUUUAAAAGAAUGAAGAUAUUAAGUCGUCAGUGUCCCUUUAAACACACUUUUCCUGCAUUCUUGUAGCUGAACACUUCCUGUGUUUUCCAGAGCUGAAUUUGUGGGCAUCUUUCCAGUAACAGCUAUUCACUGAAUUACUUUUAAAGAUCCAAAUGUUUUAAAACCUGAGACAGUUCAUUAGCCUUACUGUAAAUCUGACUUAAAUGAAAAGCUUCCCCAUUCCUUUUAGGGUUGUUCAACAGAGUCCCACCCAGCAUUCUUGGACUUUGAAGCAAGUGCCCCAAGGUCAAUCCAGAGCAAAAAUUCACCUCCUGAGUUAUAAAAUCGUAACUGAAAAUUGCAGGCAGUUCAGUAGAUCUGGCCUUGUGACUUUUAAUGGCUUAAAUAGGAUGCAUCAUGAGGUUUGACUUCUAUAAACACCCUGAAGUUGAAUGUCCCAAAAUUGCUUUUUGAUAGAAUACCUUUUUAUUAAAUAAUACAGUAUAUGCUCCAUUAUCCAGAUAUUGCCAGGGACAUUGAGGCUGCAAUUAUUAGUUUCCUCAAAUACUAAAGAGGUUUAACUGUAAUGAGACAUGACCCUGUAAUGCAUCUGAGACUGGUUGAAGUGACAGGCAGUUGUGCAUAUUUGUGGCUGUAUUGUUUUGCAGGAUGAAAUAGCAUAUACAAACAGUAGCUUCAUGUUGUAAGUAGAGGCUUGUCAAGACCAUGUACAGCAGAGCAGAGAAUGCACACCUGGAUUUAACGCUGUUCUGUGAGGUUUGCGACACUAGUUGGAUUUGAGCUGUGUCAGGCUAUGAUGAGGAAGCAGAGGAGGAGCUGGUCGCUGGAGUGCACUUUUGCACUAAGCUCUCAACACACAUUCUGAAUAAACAGAAGUCCUUGUUGAAUGCAACUUACAGAUGAAAUAUUUUGAUGCUGUUCUGAAGAAGGGCUGAUGUGUAGACAGCUUUCUGUCAGGAGCAUAGUUCUUGGCCUGAGUAUUGUACUUGUAAGGUACUAAGGUUCUAAAUAGCUGUUGGCAGUCUUGAUCUCUCAUUUAUCCCUGGUUCUCUUUAGCCAACCGCUGUUGUGAUGCUGCGGUCUCAUUUAGAGAUUGACCCAUAGAUUUUGAUUUGGGAGUGGCAGGAGAGGAGUCACUGAAAUAUUAUUAUUAUUAUUCUUUUUUAAGGAAAAGUUCUUCAUUUUAAAUCGCGUGUUAAAUAAAAUCAGUGGGCUAUAUCGUGCUUUAUCAAUCCUGUAUUCUUCAGGGCUCGGAGAACAAUCAGUUCAUCCCAAGCAAGUCGGACUUUUGCCCAUGCAUGUGUCAUUCGAAUCUAGGCAAUAGGCUGUCAGUGUACAAUUGUUUCCAAUUCUGAUAUUUGCAGGGAAGAACCUGAGUGUGAACAACAGAAUGGUGCAGACAUAGCUCCAGUGCUACCAUCUUUGCACAGUUAGGUGGGGGAAGGAAGGUGGCUGCUGUUUAUAGUAGGUGGGAGCUACCUUCCCAAAUGCCCUGUAGCAGGAGACAUGGGGGAGGGAAGGGGGAAUGACACUGUCUAGAAGAGGGGACCCGUUGAUGAUACGCAGCCACCCCAGUAGAGUAUUCUAUACGUGUGCCGAGACAUUGCCUUCCCCCACCACUAACAUUGCUUUGCUAUCCGGGCAGGGAGUUCCUGCCACCCAGGCCGAGGAUUGUGGGCGGGGAAGGGCUCUAGUGGAUGGUGGCAGGUGGGGCCUUUUGCCCUGGGUGGAAAUUCCUGCUGUAAUGGUAGGGGGGCCCUACCUGUGGGAGGGGAGGCUCUCUAGAGGCCUGGCAGGAGACACCCGCACCCUGAAUGCUUUCUGCUUGGUGGAGUGGUGUCAACAGGACCUUGGUAUUGAGUGGUGGACAAGAAGCCUGCAGGCACUGGUUUUCAGGCUGUCUGGGGCUUCCUUGGGUUCCCCAUGCCCAGUUCUGGACCUGGCAGGGGCCUUCUCUGGAAGGAAGAAGUCCUUGGUGCACCUGCUUUGCUGCAGAAGGCUGUGUGGGGCCAGCAUCAAUUGAUUUCCUGAGUGGGGUGCUGCCUAGCACCUAGCUUGGGGGCUGAGAGGGCGACUCCCUGGAUUGAGGGAGGUGGCAUUAAUUUGGGGCUUGGAGUUCAGUCAGUGGGGACCCUGGGCCAGAUACUGGUGAGCACACAAACAGCAGAGACUCUGCAAGAUCGGGAUGUGGCUUGGAUGGGGGUGGCUCUUAGCACCAGGGGUUGUUUGUUUGGUUUUGUUUUUAAUAGCAUGUUAAGCUUGCUAAAGGUCCCUUUGGUUUUAAUUGAAUGUAAUUCCUUUUACCAUUAAGUGCACGUAUCCUGUGGAGCUGCACGUACCCUGCUGUAUCUGCUAGCCUUUUCUGGGGACUGGGUCUAGAAUACUUCCAUGCUACACUGCUCGGUCCCCUGCCAAAAUGUCACUGCUCAUCUCAGUGACCAUUUAAAAUGAGUAUUUAUACAUAUGUAUUUAUCCAUUAUUUCAUGAAUCACCAUGGCUAUAAAGUAAUAUUGGUUGGGGCAGGAAAACUUGAGCACCAUCUGUUUAGUGUCGGUAGCCCAUGAGAUAAUAGUAUCAAACCUUAGGAUCACAUUCAUAUUACCAUUUGGCCAUGUCUCAAGACCAGAGCUAGAUCUGAGUAUCAUGUGUAAGGCAUUCAUCUCUAACCCCAGUGUUCAUGAGAACAUUACCUGCUCAAAAUCAUGCCAGAAGAGUCUGAGGAGGGAAGCAUAUUGAAAUAACCUGAGUUUUGAAGUUUGGGGGAUGACACCAAACUUUGUCAUUUCUUAUGACAACUCUUCAAGUUAUCAUAAAGUCUAGUGUCUGUGGUUCUGCUGUGGUUCUGUCCCCUCUAGAGGUCAUAUCAGUUCCAUACUGCUACUGCUGAUGAAAUAUGCAGUUCCUGUUUCUACAUGUAAAGGAAGCUACAGCUACCCAAUGAAGUGGAGAAAAUAUCAGAUUCUCCUGGGGAGGAGACCACAGCAGAAAUAUAAUAAUACUGGACUACUUUGCUCCUACACCAGCAAUGGCCGUGGACAUAGCCAUGCAGCUGUAUCUGUGUUCUCCACCCUUGAGAAGAGAGAGGUUUGCUUGUAAAAUCGCUCCAAAGCCAAACAAACCGUUACGUCCCUGCAUUCAGAACAGCAAGGCUGAGUUCAAUGAACCUGGAGAGGCAGCAACAUCUCUCCAGGGAAAUAGGGUGAAAAAGAGAGUUUCUUUUGCCGAUAGCAGAGGCUUGGCUCUGACAAUGGUUAAAGUGUUUUCAGAGUUUGAUGACCCGUUAGAUAUUCCAUUCAACAUCACAGAGUUAAUAGACAAUAUUGUGGGUCUGACGACAGUAGAGAGGGACAACUUUGUCUUGGAUUUCGUACAGCCUUCUGCAGACUACUUGGACUUUAGAAAUCGCCUUCAGACGGAUUUUGUCUGCCUGGAAAACUGCAUGCUAAAGGAUAAAGCUAUUGUGGGCACAGUGAAGGUUAAGAAUCUUGCUUUUGAGAAGACUGUGAGAAUAAGGAUGACAUUCGACACUUGGAAAAGCUUCACAGACUAUCCAUGCCAAUAUGUCAAGGACACUUAUGCAGGUUCAGACAAGGACACGUUUUCCUUUGAUAUCUGCUUGCCAGAGAGAAUUCAAUCCCAUGAAAGAAUCGAGUUUGCAGUGUAUUACGAGUGUGAUGGGAAAGUGUAUUGGGACAGCAACAGAGGCCUGAAUUAUAGGAUCAUACAGUCUGAACUGAAAUCUGCUCGGGAAGUCGCGCAGCCUCAGGCUGGACCUGAUUUUGGCAUUGCCUUUGAUCAGUUUGGAAGUCCGAGGUGCUCCUAUGGCUUGUUUCCUGAGUGGCCUAGCUAUUCGGGGUAUGAAAAGCUAGGGCCUUACUACUAAUGGAGGAACUGAGUCUUGAUUCUCUAACUGUUGCUGUGUCUGUUGCAAGCUUGGGAAUUGGCCUGAACAUGAAGUUUGCUAAAGGCCUGGGUAAAUGACACUUUACAUGGCUCUGCAAAGCUCCAUUGGGGUAAAGCAAGAUGACUGUAACGUUCUGUGAGCGCAAGUGGUUUUAAUACCAGCUAAACUAGUGUCUUUUGCAUCAUGAUAGUUACCCCCCAGAUUCAACAUUUGGAAACAGUUUGACAGAAUGGGAGACUUCACUGGAGUUUCUGCCCAGUGCUGCUAGUCCUCUUCUGUAUAAUGCUGCUAAUCUCCUCCAGUUAAACACUUACUACUUCAGUGAUUGCAUUGUUCACUUAGGUAUGUAGUAGUGUCUUGUGUUGCACAUUAGGGUUGUUACAGGCUUGAGUAUCUUAAAGAGGGAGGCUUUUUAAACUAUGCUCUACCAUUUCUGUAGCACUAUGCAAGUUGGCUUUGCUCGAAGACUAUUUGACAGGUAAUUUAUACAUGACAGGAGAUAUUAAAGCUAAACUAGCCUUCUGAUGGCAAGAGGGGGGUGUGAAUGUCCCUUCUCUCUGACCUUCUUACUGUGCUGGAGCCUUUUUGUUAGAGAUGGAAAAGAUUCUAGAAAUGACACAAUAACCAUGACUAGAAGCUUCGCCUCAUGCCAUAUUAGGAGAUAUCUGCAUUUAUGGGAAGAUACUGGUAUGCUUAGUCACCAGUUCAUCUGUAAGAUUUUUUUUUUUAAUAUAACUUUUGUGUAGUAAAUUCAUAGGGAUUGCCCAUGUUGAGGAGUUGAAUUUUUUUUCCUUUAGAACUGUGUAGUAUCCUUGUAGCUUUGGGGUUAAAUCCUUUGACUCAUCAAGUGUUUUAAAAACCAUUUUUACUGGAGGGGAAGAGCUCUUUGUCUGCAACUGUUAAUAUGUCCAGAAGGUCUUCCAGCCCCCCUGGCGCUCUUGAACUACUUGGGGAGUAACACUGAGGAUUUUUUCUUUUUUUAAUUUUUAAUCUUGCAGAUGCUGAAAGAUCGCCAUUCAGUUCUCAAUAUGUAUCUCUAUUAAUUGCCUUACUGUGCCUGGGGAGUGCAGCAGCUCCUACUUUUAGUGCUAAUGUAAAAUAAGCUUUCAUUCUGUUAGGAAACCGGGUGCCAAAGGGUUCAUGCAUGAGUGUGCAUGGACAGUAAGUACAUUGCAUGUUUGUGAAUUUGUUUGUUGUUUCUGUAGUGGGUUUGAAAUUUGAUAAACAGACCUCACUGCUGCUGCUUGUCAUGUCCUGUGAAGACAGCUUAGUCUCCCAAAUAACUUUUUAGUGCAGUGUGAGUGCCUUGGCUCAGAACUUUUUUUGUAUACAAUAUCACAGCAGUGGCUUGAACUACAAAGGUUUCUGAAAUGUGACUGCUAGCUUUUAAAAAGUUCUGAAAAUUUGUAUUAAUCCAAGUCAACAGUUUUGUCUAAAACUUGUCUCACUAGAAUGGAUGUGUAGCUCUUUGUUCACUGUUUUCAUGCUAGAAUGGGUUAACUUAGAUUGCUAGAACACCAGACUUGCACUGUAAUUACAUACUGAGCUGUCACAUCUGUAUCUUGUAUUGACAUUGUAGAAGCUAUCACAAUCAAGUGCACACAUUUGCCUUCAGUGCUAUUUCCAUACAAAAUGUAGUUCUGCCCAAGAAAAUGGAUGUCUCAAGGGCAUGAGAUGCCAUCGUUGCUCUUGUUGAAAAGGAAGAUCUGUUGCGGUAGAGGGGAGAGUACCAUGGCUUGUUUUGGAGGUGUGGUGAAUUGCAAAGAACAGUCAUUUUAGUACUGCCAGAGAGAAUGUAGCUAAAUUACUCACUGCAAUCGUUAAGCCAAUGUCUUGCUAUUUGAGCAGAAUAACUUAUUUCAUAUACUUAAAUGGAAUAAUUCAAAUGGGGUUUAAUAUUUCCAGAUAUUCUAUUUUUUCUAGAACACAAACAUUAUAUUUUUGGCACAUAUCCAGUAUUUGUGUUGGGAGGGCACAGGAAGAAGCAAAUGGCUAUGCUAUUCUUCAAAAUUCCUUUUAAAAACAUCACUUCUUUAAUUCUGGAGACCACAGUACAAAACACUUCUGCACUGUCCUAUAAUUUUAGGAGAUGAUGUAUCUGACCUUCUAUUAGACAUGAUUAAGUAAGAACAAUGAACUUACAGGAGGAAUGCAUAGCUUUUUGAUCUUUGCAUCAAUAAAUGUAUUGGGCUGUGGAAAGCAUUAUUGUACUCAGUCACUAAUAUCAGGCAUUAAAUUGACACUGUGUGUCUGUGUAUGUAAACAUGGGUUGUACAAGCUUCAUUCACUAAUUUGAAAAGUCUGUUUCCUGAAUUUCCGUUUGAUAAGUUAAAUAGUGUCCUCCGUAAAGUUGUCUUUAGGAAAGACUUAUCCAGGUUUGGUUUAAAAUCGUUCUUUGACGUACAAAGCUGGGCUGUGAAUGAGUCAAGGGUUUAACUUGCCUAGGAUUUAAAGGUAUGGUUGUUUUUAGCUAAUAUGUUCUAAAAAUCUAGUAUACAGCUUGCUUCAUGUACUUUUAGCUAACACAUUCUAGCACACCUUUAGAAUCCUAACCAUGACACCCUAAAAUGCAACAGUGAUGUGUGAGUCUGUAGUGCCAUGAGUAGUAGUGUGCUUUUAUUUCCUCCUCCUGGUGGUACAGUGAAGGGGCCCGUGCAUACCAGCCAAUGGAAGCAAUGGUGUACUGCAGUGGAUGGGAAAAAGCUGUGGAAGUUUUGACAUACACGUUAACAUUGUGCUGGGAACUGACUCUUUGACCAAUGAUGAUUCGAAAACAUAAAAAAGGUAACUUCUUGGAGCUUUCCUUUUCACACUUUUCUUCGCCAAUCGGAAUGUAGAAGUGAGGCAUUGCUGUCCUUCUUUUAUGCCUGGAAGUGCCUUGUUAAGCUGUUUUUGCAUGUGUGUCUUUUUAAAUGUUUUUGUACACAAAGUUCAAGGUGAAAAAAUGCACUUUAUAAUCACAAAUGAAUGGAUUAUUCUUUUUUAAAAGAACAAUGGUUUGUUUUUAACUGAAAGUGAAAAUAAAAGUAGAAAUGAAGGUG